AUGGAAAGAAAUAGCGACAGAGACGACGAAACACACCGCAGUUACCCCGAUGUGGUGUCUGAAAAGAAGCAUCCGUGUAUCGUCAUCAGCGACUCAGACGAUGAAUUCACAGACUCGCCACCAUGGAUGAAACUAGAAAAUCGCAAAAGGAAAAGACACCUGCGUCUGUCCCUGAAGAAAAGGCAGAAGAAGGCGGAUGUCGCACCUAAAGCGUCAGUCGCAGCAUCUGUGAAAGUGGAAGACAAACGUCCAGUGAAAAUUGGGAAAGCGACACGGAUGACGCCGCGACACGCACCCACAUCUCCUGUAAAGAAGACAAAAACAUCAGCUGAGACACUCAGACCUGCAAAUGCAAUAACAUCGACAGCUGCAAGUGCAUCGCCAAUAGGAGGGACAACACCAGCAGUGCCCUCUCACAACAAUGAUGGUCAUCCGAUUGAAGGGGUGUCCCGCAAUAAGACGGAUCGUUUGGCAGAAACACUAAAUUCCAUCAUGGCAGAACAUACGCAACAAGGAAAAUAUGGACUACCGCGUGAAAUGACGGAGCCACACGAAUUCAGGGCAAUGGAGAGGGAAGGGAGACCAUUUUAUAUAACAGUAAAAACAUGUACAUGUACACGUAGGCCUGACAAUGCUGGUGAUGACGAUGAGCCCAGAAUCCCACCAUCACAAAUACUGGGUUCGCACCAAGCGCCUGCUGUUGUUGAUGCGCCUGCUGUUGUUUCCGUUGUUGAUGAGCUGUUUGAAAUUCCGGAUGUGCUACUGGAGACAAUUUCUCCGCCUGGUUCACCGCGCCGUAGGGUAUCUCAAGGAGACAUCUAUACAGGUCCCACUGAUUGAUGCGCAUCAGCAACAACAACAACAGGUGGACGCGAACUCGGUCGAGUGUUGCACGCACCCUGUAAAUCCGAUUGCUGGUUUACCUGUGACAGACGAUUCUGCAACCAGUUCAGAAUUGUUUGAAUUAUUGUCGGGCGGGUUUGAAAUGCUAAUGGGAACGUGUGACACAAAUGAAUCCCCAGUUGAUCUAUUGCACGGGGCACACGAUUCUGUUGGGCAUUCAGGACCGCCCGAUGAUGUAUUGUCAACGAUGAACGAU